AUAAUCACUUUGGGGUUAAUUACCGGGGGUUUUGCCGCAAUCUGGCGAGUCAAAAUAAUUUAUUUCGCCCAAAUUGCGGGACCACGUUAGGUUUCGCGAACCGCAAUUCCCCCAGUUUUCCCCUAAAACCACGAGAAGCAUGGCUUCGAUUUUACGCUCUUCGAAAUUCGUCCGCUAUAUCGCCGGUUUUGCAAGGAACGUAGUGUUGAACACUCCUCGGGAGUUCGAUGGGAACCUCGUCAACACCACACAAUGUCUUUGCGGCGCAGUCCCGCGCUCCUUCGCCUCGCAAAUACCGGCACCACACGACCAGAACCUCGAAACCAGCCUCAGAAGACUCGACCAAGACGUGAGGAAAGUCGGGAGAAUCUCGCGGCGUGACAUUGAAGACGUCUUAGACGAGAUCAGAAGCAGCAGAUCGGCCACCAGCUCCCAGUCACUCCUCGUGAUACGAUGUUGCGGGAACUUGGUCCCGGAAGAACUCCCCGAAGUGCGCACCAAACUGGUCCAGGAGAUCUGGGCGACGUUAAACAAACUGAACGUCCCCAUGGACAUUUCGCAUUACAACGCACUUUUGCGGGUCUAUUUGGAAAAUGAGCACCAAUUUUCGCCGGCCGAGUUUUUGGCCGACUUGGAAAGCAAAGGAAUUGAGCCAAACCGAGUCACUUAUCAACGCUUAAUCGCACGCUAUUGCCAAGUGGGGGAUAUCGAAGGUGCGACCAAAAUCCUCGAAUUUAUGAAAGAAAAGCAACUUCCGGUCAACGAAAACGUCUUCAAUGCGCUUAUCGUGGGACACUCGCAGACGGGUGACAUGGACUCAGCUCAGGGUAUCUUGGGGGUGAUGACACAGGCCGGUCUCGAGCCCAGCGCAGACACCUACACUACCCUUCUAUGCGGUUUCGGCAAAAAGGGCGACAUUGACGCGAUAAAUAAAUUGUUCGAGGAGUGCGAAAGCAAGGAAAUUUACCUCCUGGAUAAAGAUUAUCUCGAUAUUGUGUACGCCUUAGCCACGAAUGGCCACAGCGAACACAUCCCGCAAAUUUUGAGCAAAGUCAGACGCGCAAUCGGUUACAACCAAGACGCUAUUAACUUGAUUUUGCGUCUGAUUAACAAAGGACUAGAGGACGCAGCCUUCCCUGUCCUUGAGACAGUAGUAAGAUCAACAAACCCCGACGGAACACAUAACCCCGUUGGUAAUUUCUUUGUAAAACAAAUGGUCAAAGCCAACCGCCCGGUUGAAAAAAUCAUCGAAAUGUGCAAUAAACUUGAAAGUAGUGGGAUGUACACACGGGGGUUGUCCCUCGCUGCUGAGACAAGUCUCGAGUUUGGAAACGACCAACUCGCCUAUUCCCUGUUAACCGAACUGAGUAAGAAAGACAUUCCGGUCAGACAACACUAUUUCUGGCCUUUAAUAGUCGCGAAAAGUAAAGAUUCAUCUGGACAGGGGAUUUUAGACGUCCUCUUAUCAAUGCACAAGUUUAAUAUUACGCCAAGCAACGAGACACUGAGAGAGUACGUUAUUCCGAAUUUGAAAGCCCCAAGUAGCGAAAUUUUGUCGAUUUUGCGCUCGGCUAACGUGCCAUUAGGGACGUCAGGGGCUUGUCUCGUCCAUCAUUUAUUAAACAAAAGCGACAUAAAGGAAGCCGCGAUUAUUUCAACCCAAGUAUCGGCUUUCUACAAUCCGGAUUUAUUGAAACGUCCUUUGACUAACUCGUUUUACAAAAACAAAGAUUUGGAGAGUUAUAUCAGAAUCGUGCGCAACAUUUACGACAACUUGGACCGACUUAAACGCAGCGAAGAGGACGAACCGACUCAGGUCGCUGAUAAAAACGAAGUUGUGGGGAACCUAGUGCUUGAUUUAUCCUGGAAUCGGGAGUUUUUGAACGUUGUCGAAGAUGUGCUUAAGGGUUUGAUUUCUGAAGGUUUGAGUAUUUCCACAACUGCGGCUGAGAAGCUUCAAGAGAAACUAGGUGAGAAGAUGACCGAAGAAAUAUCCAGUCUUCUCGGGAAAUUGACUUCUGGUCAUUUAACUCCGGUUCCGGUUCCGAAAAAACUACCAUCGUACACACCGUCGCAUCAGAUGAAUGUCGAGCAAUUAGAGCGUCUCAUUCAUAACUUGGAAGUUAAAAACCAGGAUACUAAAGGCUUGAAACGCCAGUUGUUAACUUUGUAUUAUCGGGAGAAAGAUUUGGAAAAAACCGAGUCACUUUUGGCCGAGUUGGAAAAAACCGAUUUCGUGUACUCAGCCGGGAUUUAUGCCCAACUUAGCGACUUGUACGCCCACCACGACAAGUUGGACAAAGCUAUGGAAUAUUACAACAAACUGAAAGAACUGGAAGGCAACGAAUUCAAAAUGGACGAGACGAAAAUCGUGUCAAUUGCCCACCUUUUGGUCAGAAACGGCAAAUUCGACCAAGCGAUCGAAAUCAUCGAAAAAACCCCACGUGAGAAUCUAAGGGAGGAACGCACUUACAAUUACGCGGCCCAAGUGUGGCGACUAUUGAAUUCGUUGGCCGAAGAAGGCCGAGUCGACGAAGUGAACAAGCUAUUCGAUACUUUGGUCAAGAACGACUUCAUCGAAGUGAAUAACAUUCUCUUGGGGCCCCUAGUUAAGGUCCAUUUGGUCAAUAAAGACAUUGACAAGGCUAUGGAAAAAUUCGAAUGGUGUGUGAACCAAUUCCGGGCAACACCGUGGAAAAACGAAUUGGCGUGCCAACUAAUCCAGAAGGAAGAUGCGGAAAAAUUACAAAAACUGACCGACUUAUCGACCUCCAUUCACGGCGAAAUCAACAGUCUCUACGACCUGGUUUUCGCUUUCGUCGAGUGCGGACGAGUGAGACAAGCCAGGAAAAUUCUGGAAACUCCCGGCUUGCAAACGCGCCCCCAGCGAAUCAACAUCCGGUGUGAGAGAUACCGACAGGAGGGUCAAGUCAAGCCGCUUGAAAGCUUAAAAGACGCCACUAAAGACUUGGACCAUAUCAACAGAAGCGACAUUUAUUACCAACUGUUGUUGAGUUACAUCAAGCAAGAGGAGGUGGAGAAGGCGCUAGGGCUUUGGACGCAAAUGCAGGAAGAGGAUUUGUUACCGAGCGACGAGUUUUUGCAAAGCUUAGGGAAAUUUUUACAAGAUAAGGGUGUUUCCGUCCCGUUCCAAAUCCCGCAAUCGGUGACCCCACCACAAGUUGUAGAAAAGUCACAUAUUCAACAGUUUCGCCGCAAAUUGAAAGAAGGCGACGUACAAAGCGCCUUGCAAUUCUAUAAUCCCAAUGAUCACAGUUUCACAGUCACUGAUACGUCGUUACUUAUCGAAAAGUUGAUCCAAAAUAACCGAAUUGGGGAAGCGACCAAAGUAACGUUGAAUUUACUGGAGACGGGAGCGACCCCACUUGCCCGAGUUUUCAAAUUUUUGUUAAACAAGUUGGCAAAUGCCGGCGAUUUGGAUUCUCUUGCAAUCAUAGAUAAGAAAGUUUCACAAGAAGUUAAGAAAACAAUCUCGUUUGAUAACCGCGUUUGCCAUGCGAAUUUAAUCGCCGGGAAAGCACCACAAUACUUGGAUCAAUUAGAAAACGAAAUCGACAAUGCCAAAGAUGAGGACUUGAAGGCCAUUGAGGAGAAGUUCCCCCGCGGGGGGGCUUACGGUAUCUUGGAACGCCAUCCCCAAUUGUUGGAAAAAUAUGAAAAUCUGGCGGUUAAAUACGCGCAAAGGGGGAUAGUGGCGCCAAUGAACGUCCUCUGGACCAACUACUUCAUUGUGGGGAAUGAGCCGAAGGCGGAGCAAAUCUGGAAUACUUACCUCAAGGGCGCCCCCAGGAUUAUGUUCCAAAGGAUAGUGCACGCCGCCCGCGAGACACAAGACGAAAAUCUCAUCAAAAAACUAAUCAAACACUUGAAAAACAGUAACGUGACUGAAGGAGCCGUCGGUAAUGCGUACAGUUGUUUGCUUGAUGUCUUGGUGGCGAAAAACAACACUGAAGAAGUGGUUCUGGCGUUCGAAUUAGCCCUCAAAGACGCCGGUUUGAACCACUUGAACCGAACCGCGAUACUGCGAGUCAAAGAAGUGUACGAAAAAUUAGGCAAACCUUUCGAUUACGCAAUUCCGCCAAAGAAUCCUCGAAUCGCCACGAGUACGUCGUCCGGUGAAGAGGACGCAAAAAAGUAGUGUAAUUCCAGUUAUAAUUUAUAUUAAAUUGUUUUUUUUAAUAAAAGUGUAGUUGAUCAA